AUGUGGGGAUUGGAGAAGGACUAUCGUGUGAACAUCUUCCUGAGGCAGCAGUGGAACGACCCCCGCCUGGCCUACAGCGAGUACCCGGACAACUCCCUGGACCUGGACCCGUCCAUGUUGGACUCCAUCUGGAAACCGGACUUGUUCUUCGCCAACGAGAAGGGAGCCAACUUCCACGAAGUCACGACGGACAACAAGCUGCUGCGGAUCUCCAAGAACGGCAACGUGCUCUACAGCAUACGGUGA